UGGCACCAUCCGCCAGCACAGGAUCAAAGGCACGGGAGACGCAGUUCGCAGAGUACGUGACAAGGCGGGUAUGUGCGGGACUUUUACGUGCCCGUUGUUCCUGCUGUGUGCCUAAGAGUGUCUUUCUGUGGGAAUUCCAUAUGUCAAGCAUGUAAUAUCCGAAAACUAAUGGGUGAAAUACCCAUCCUCUGAGAAGCCACAACGAUAAACAAAUCACGUCGUGAACAGAAGGGAGAAGAAAGCGGGAAAUUUAAAAGUUAUCGAGUGUUCCAAGGUCGCGAGCAGAGCGGAGGAGAGCAAUUCCCUCAUUUGUGUCCGGGAAGUGAACAUGUCAGCAUGUUCACCAGCCACAACGGUGGUUAUCGCUGGAGCUGCUCUGGCCGGAAGGAACCCAGGACGGAAUUCAGCAGAAUGUGGCAGCUUACAAACACGACACGUGUUGGUGUUCCUGGGCAUGGUGGGCGUCGCCGUGGACUACUUUGUGAGGUACAGCAUCAGUGUCGCCAUCGUUGCCAUGGUGGCCAACCCUCACACGCCCACCAACGCGACUCAUGACCAAGAGAUCUGUCCUGCAGCGGUCAACGCUUCUGGCGGAGGCGGCGUCGACCCCCACGCCGAAGGGGAGUAUGACUGGAGUGAGGAGAUGACGGGAGUAAUCCUUGGCAUGUUCUUCUGGGGGUAUUUCAUCACAAAGGCGGCAGGCGGCCGCAUCGCCGAGCUGGUGGGCGCGCGGAGGACCAUGGCAGCGAGUCUGGGCGCGUCGGGCCUGCUGUCCCUCCUGUGCCCGACGGCCGCCGGGAUCCACCCUCUGGCGCUGGCGGGGCUUCGUCUGGCCAUGGGGCUCGUGCAGGGCCCCGCCUUCCCCGCGCUCUACAGCCUGCUCUCGAGGUGGUCCGCGCCCGAGGAGCUGGCCACGAUGGUCGCCGUCGCCUUCUCGGGAAUGCUCUUGGGGAACAUGGUGGCUCUGGGCGGAUCAGGCUUGGUCGUGGAGUGGUUCGGGUGGCGCUGGGUCUUCUGGGUCGGGGGCUUGCUGGCUCUCGCGUGGACGCCCCUGUGGCUCGCCCUCGUCCGCGAGUCGCCCGAGGAGCACCCCUGGAUCACGCCCGAGGAAAAGCGACUCCUGGCGGCGAACCUCGACGUGAAGCCCAGGAGGCGCGUCCCCUGGAGCCGUGUCCUUCGGUGCUGGACCUUCCUGGCAGCCGUCGUCGCCGAGUUCUCCGGGUCGUGGGUGGCGGCGCUGCUCACCACGGAGGCGCCGACGUUCCUCACGAACCAGAUUGGCUUGAGUCUGCAGUCUUCUGGGUACGUGUGUUUGGUGGGCACGGCCGUCAGCUACGUCUUCGCCAUCUUCUACGGGAAGCUGAGUGACUUCCUGAUCCGCCGAGACUGUCUGACGAAGGUCAACGUCAGGCGACUUCUCUACACUGUCGGGUUCGUGCUCAUCUGCAGCAGUCUGAUGGGAAUCGUGUUGGCCAAGUGUGACGUAGUGGCCGUGUCCGUUUUCGUGGUCGUUGCCAUGGCUGGAACUUCGACGAAUAUGGUGACCUAUCAGCUCGCCCCUAUGGACCUGGCGCCGAAUUAUGCAGGCACGUUGUCGGGACUUAUCGGGAUCGGCAACAUCGGCAGCUUCGCGGCGCCUUUAGUGACGUCGAAACUGCUGGUGGAUCUGGAAAACGGUUGGAGCGCGGCCUUUCUCCUUGGUGGCGCCAUCUAUUUUCUGUUGGGGAUUCUCUACAUCUUCGUCGUCCGUGCAGACAUAGAGCCGUGGAAUUACUACGAUGAAAUAGACGAGUGAGACACACCUGCGAGACGUACGGGUUGUUGGGAAAUAUUAGGAAAAUUGUAGAAUUCGAGAUCGACGGCAUUUUUUUCAUGAUUUUUUCCAAGUUCGUCGACAGGACCCGUGACCAAAGAUUUUUAGUAUCGCGCUUUAUUUAGUUAUCUGUCUCUCUAUUUCCUUAUUUAUUAAAUCGUGGAUAAAUCCGAUACAACAUGUGGUUAGCAUGCAAAUUUAAUUAACUACGCAUUUCUUUGUAACUGGCAUAUUUCAUUUAAAAAGACAUCUACUCCGUUUCUUCCGAACCUUAUCUACAUUGCAAUAGAUAAAUACAUGAAUGAAAAAUAGAAUAUUCUUCCAGGCCGGGUUAACAACGCCUGGUCAUAUAUAAAUGUAUACUCACGUGCUAUUUUUCUUUCUUUCUUUUACAAAAGCCCAGACUAUAUUUAUCAUUUCGAAUACCCGAGAAAUUGAGGAAAAUAUCGUAAUUAUGAAAAGAAAAGUGAUAAAACAUCUCUUAUAAGGUGCGAAAAUUAAGAAGAUUGUACUUUAUCACACCCAAGGGUCAGUGUGAAACAUGACUGAAGCAAGCACACAAUUUUACAUGCAGUUUAGAUUUAGUAAGAUAAGAAUAUUUUGAGUCUUCCAGAUAUUUGUCAUCGUGAGAGUCGAAUCUAUGUGUAUAUUCAUGAAAUAUAACCUUAUGGAUAUCUCUAUAUAUUAUGUAUUUAUUGUGAAAUUAAAUAACUCGUUAAGCAUGCAGAUAAUUUAGUCUUCAGAGGAUAAAAAAAGUAUAUAUAUAUGUAU